AUGUCAUCGGCUAGAAAUUCGGUGGUCAGCCUAAGUUCAAAUGGUUCUGUCAAAGUGGAAACUCGUUUGGCAUCCGGUGCCAGUCAACAAGAAGGUGCUAUGAUGGCAACAUCAUCAAGUUCAAAAGAUGAUGAUUUGUUAUCAACAAGUUCGGAUGAAGUUGAAAAUAUGGCAACUAGAACUUUGCAAAAUCUUGAAGAGGUUAUUUUUGAUUGAGUGUUUCUUGCUUUCAUAAUUUUCUGAUUUGCUAUUUUUCUUUUCUUUUUCUAAAGUUCGUUCACACAAACCUCUUUUUUUCUUUAAGAGUACAUCUAUUAUAUCGGCUGCUAAUUCGGAUGACGGCGAUUCGCUGAAAAAACAAAAAGACAUUGAGAAAGGCGGAGGUGGCGGAAAUGAAGAUAAAUCGGGCAAUGAGAAUGAAGAAGGUAUUACUAGACAAAAAAGCUAA